CUUUCCAUACCAAAAGCGACUUUCGUUGUUUUGCGUCAAGGUCACCCAUUAUCGGACCCUAAUCGAGCAAAUGUGGAUUCACCAUAUAGGCUUGGUAUAAGUGUCUUGAAUGGGAUCUCCGGCGUAUGGAUGCCUGUAAUUGUUGUUCCAGAAACUUAUGAUGGUCCCGAAAUGCAUCUGAAUGCUAGGUGUGGUGAUGAAGUAGCUGAUUCUGUUCUCGUUGAAGAGUUCAAGAUCAAAUCGGAUAGACGGAGGCUAAUGCCAAUGAGCCUCCGUGAUGUUGAAGAGCUUGCAGCAUUUGGGAGAUACGGUGGAUACAUGACUUCUAGAACGCUACAGGAUUGGGUUGUGAGUAGGCAACGAAGUUGGGGAACUCCAAUUCCGAUGAUUCUAAGUGCAGAUGGAAAGACGGCUGUGCCAAUUGCCGAUAAUAAGCUGCCUUUGCUGCAAGGAGAAAUGGCUGGCAAGAAAGUUGAUUAUUGCCGGAAGGUGAAGGAUUCUUUGAAACUGACACUUUGGACACCUUCUUUGAUUCUGCUUGGUUGGUACUACCUUCGUUUUCUGGAUCCACAUAACGAGAAUGCUUUAAUCUCACAAGAAGCUGCUGCUAGAAUGCCUGUAGACAUCUAUGUGGGCGGAAUCGAACAUGCUGCUGUGCACAUGUUUUUUGCGCGGUUCAUCUCCUAUUUCUUGACUGAUAUCGGAGUGACAGUGGUGGGUUUUUGUUCUUUUGUCAAUGAAGAGGCUGAACCGUUCCGAAACUUAAUACCGCAAGGUAUUGUCAGAGGAAGAACUUUUACCGAUUCUAAUGGGAAGUAUGUACCGAAUGCAGAAGUUAUCAUGCAAGAUAAGAAAUACCUAGCUAAAGAUGGCACCGAGCUGACUAUGGAUUACGAGAAAAUGAGCAAGUCGAAGGGCAACGGUUUGUCUGACGCAAGAAUGGCGAGUUGA